CAUCACAUCCCCUGUACUCCAUCUACACCCCAUUCUGACAAUAUACCAUGAGCUCUGCUGUUUCUGAUGCGUACACAGCCUGGUCAACAGCCACGCCCUUCACGCCACCACUGCCCGUGUCUUCACAUCCUCUCCUGGCCACGUUGACCCUGUCCGUGGGUCUCUUCUUCGCAGCAAAGUUCGGAGUGUCGCAGAAGCCUUCAAUUGUCGCAGACCUUGCAACAACUAUCCCCAGCGCCAUUCUUCUCGGAUUUGGAAUUGUGUUUAUGUUCCUCUCUGCCGGUCUUUACUUGUAAUGCUCUUAUCGAUCAUCAUCAGGAUUGCAGGACCACCACCAACACCAACGCCGCGCAUUGUAGCAAGGAUAAGAGACAAAGAGACAUAUUAAAGAGGCCGGCAGCGAAUACAAUGGACCUGCCGGGCAAUUGAGAAAGAAUAACACAGGCACAAUAGAGCGACUAUACCAUUGUCGUUUGUUGCUGAUGGUAUGCUUGGUGGUGUGGCUAGACGCGGCCAUCUUUGAUACGCGUCUUGACCAAUGGACGAUCGACAGCAGCCAAUCGGCGCUGUCCAUUUUUCUCCUCUUUUGAGCUGCCGAAGGAAAUCCAUGUUGCACUUACCGCCAAUCUUAAUACUAUACAGCCGGUCGGCAAAGAAAGAAUGCAGGGAGAAGUGAAUGAACCCACAGCUCCUUCUCUCUUCCCUUCCUCC